AUGUUCAACAACAGAACAAUUUAUCGAAAGGACCCAGGCUUUUAUAAGCAGAUAAGCAUGUCCGAGUCUCUUCUUUCCAUACUAGACCCACACGAACAUCGUCUACGGCGACAAAAAGUCAGCUCUUUAUUUUCGACAAAAGCUGUAGAUUCUAUGGCACCAGAUAUUCUCGCAAUCGCUCAGAAAGCGGCCAACAUCAUUAUGAAGCGUGGAGAAGAGAAAAGACCUAUUGAUAUGCAUCGCCUCUGUCGCUCCAUUUCUUCGGAAGUAUUAUUUAAAAUACUUUUUGACGAACCUCAAGGUCUCUUAGACUCACAGGAAGAGGACCCGGAAUUGUUGGCAAGUAUGGAUGCCUUCUUGAACAAUUUUUGGAUAUUGAAGGCAUUCCCCGCCGUUGGGUGGUUGGCAACAAACCUACCUCAGUCGCUAGCCCAGAAGAUGGUUCCCGGAUUCAAAAGAACUAGAGAUAAAUGUGGAAAAUGGGCCACAAUGGCUGUUGCUCGACAGAAUUCCCGCGGAAUGACCAAAGAUGACUCAUCACCAAAUACUGUCUUCGAUCUUCUUCUCGCUCCAACUCCCGAAGAGCCUCGUUCCGAAUUCUCAAUACCGGACUUGGUGGAUGAGGCGUUCUUGUUCGUAUUCGCAGGGACUGACACCACAGGAAGUACAAUUGCAAAUGCUUUAUACUACAUUCUCUCUUCACCAUCUGUUUCUUCUAAAUUACUAGACGAACUGACUGCUCACGGCAUCACAUCGCAUGAAACUUUUGAUUGCAACGUGGUUCAGAGAUUACCAUAUCUGACGGCAGUCGUCAAGGAAAGUAUGCGGGUUUACACUAUUGUGCCAGGUGUUCUCCCGCGUAUUGUACCUGAAGGGGGAGUAGUUGUAGAUGGAAAUUUUAUACCAGCAGGUACAAGCAUCUCACAAACCAAUUUCUCACUUCAUCAUAACGCAUCUAUCUUUCCUUCGCCCGAAACAUUUGACCCCGAACGAUGGCUUAGGGAUGAAGAGAAAGUGUUAGAAAAGUAUUUUGCUCCGUUCAGCAAAGGUUCAAGAACUUGUCUUGGCAUGAAACUUGCAAAUGAAGAAAUAUACAUAGUAGUUGCUCUUUUCUUUGCUCGGUUUGAAAUGGAGCUUUAUGAGACAGACGCUAAAAGUAUGGAGUGGGCGGAUCGUGGAAAUGCGGUUAGUAAAUCAACUGUUAAGGUGCUUGUUAAGCGUGAUAGAUGGGCCGAUAACCAUUGA